AUGACUAUCGACAGCUUCAAUCCUUGCAAGGAGCUUCCGCCAACUAUCGUGGAUCAUCAUGCCGCCCUCUAUCCAGAUAGAAUCUGGGCCAGGUUCCCAGAGUCUGCGAAUACUUAUAGUGAAGGCUAUCGAGACGUCUCAUACAGUGAGCUCGCCAAUGCUGUGAAUGGAGCUGCCCUAUUCUUGAUCGAGUCCCUCGGGCAAGGGGACGGCACAGAGAAGCUGCCGUACAUAGGUCCGAACGAUAUUCGGUACAUGAUACUUGCCAUUGGUGCUUUGAAAGCAGGCUAUUGUAUGUUCUUCGCAUCGGCUCGCAAUAGUAUCGCUGCACACAUUAGUCUCUUAGAGACCAUGCGAUGCAAAAUCCUACUAGCACCCAUUCCCAGGCCUUCAAUUAUUUCCGACAUCGCACAGGCUACUUCACUGCCUGUGCUUGAAGUUCCUGCUGUGAAUGAGUUUCUGAGAACACAGUAUAAGUACGUUCCUUUCUCAAAAACUCUCGCGAAGAACGGCUCUGAUACUUUUGCCGUUGUUCACACUUCGGGCUCGACGGGGAUUCCCAAGCCAAUUGAGUUUACCUUUUCUGCUGGUGCAGCGUUCAUGGAGAUGACUCAACUACAUACGCCAGAGGGGUUUGAUAGCCUAUACCGGAUGAUACAAGAAAAGCGUAUCUUCGUGACCGUUCCUCCUUUUCAUGCAGCCUAUCUCUUUCAUGUUAUAUUCAAUGUCAUUCCAUUCGGCAUUGUUCUUGUUUAUCCCACCGCAUCAUCAAUCGCUUCAGCUCACGGGAUGGUUGAUGGGAUGAAACAAACUCAAAUCGACGGGAAUUCUGCGAAAAAGAACCUGAGUUUCAUCUUUUUCGGAGGCGGAGACCUCCCCCAAGACAUUGGAGACAAAGUAGCCGCAAAGGUCAAAUUAAUCGACCAAUUUGGCGCCACAGAAAUCGGUCUACUCCCAGUCCUCUUUUCUAAAGCUCACCGCAGCCCCGAGGAUUGGAAGUACAUGGAGAUCCACCACGAUAUGGGAAUUGAAUUUCGCCAUAUAGAAGGGAGCCAGCAUGAACUUGUUGUCAUGCGCCACCCAGAACGAGAAAAGCACCAACCGACAUUCGCCUUCUUCCCCGAGUUGCAGGAGUAUGGCAGUCGGGAUUUGUUCGUGCAGCACCCAGAUCCCAACAAGAAGGACAUGUGGAAAUGGCAGGCGCGCAAAGAUGACAUUAUCGCCUUUUCAACGGGUGAAAAGACCAAUCCUAUUUCCAUGGAGCAGUAUGUUCAGUCGCAAAACCCAGAGAUCACCGGCGUUCUUGUCGUGGGUGCGCAGCGAUCAAAGGCGAGUAUGCUUGUUGAAGUGAAGAGCAAUGGGGUCGAAUUGUCGACAGCUGAGAGAGGUGCACUCAUUGAGAGAUUCUGGCCCUCUGUUGAGGAGGCUAAUAGGGAGUGUCCGGUGCAGGCUCGCGUUGUAAAGUCUCGUAUCUUACUCACGUCUCCCAAUAAACCAAUGGCUCGUGCUGGUAAAGGGACUAUACAACGGGCUGGAACAUUGCAGGCAUAUGAGAAGGAGAUUGAAAGUCUUUAUUCUGAGACUGAUACUAUCACUCCUAAAGCCCAGGUGUAA